UGCCUCUGUUUUACUUUUAUGACCUUUCCUCAGCCCAAUUAACUCCCCUCUCACCAUGUUUUCUCUGUAUUUGGCGUUCCUUCGGCACAGAAAUUGUGCAUGAACAUAGACAAAUUUGGGGGCAAUAUUUUGUGUUCUUUAAGUGUGCUGGAUUAGAAUUUGCCCUCUUAAAGACUGAUGAAAACGUUUCACAUUGGUGAGGGCAAUGUGUGUACUGGGGGCAAAAACCAAGAGCUGUCUACAUUCCGGUCAGUAACUCCUCAUCUUCCUUUUUGGUUGUAGCCAGGUAGGCUCAGCCUAAGCCCCCAGGCAAGGAGUGACAGGACUAGAGGACACGGCCUCAGGAUGCACCAGGGAAGGUUGGACAUCACGAGGAAUUUCUUCACAGAAAGUUGUUAAACAAGGGAAGGGACUGCCCGGGGAGGCGGUGGCGUCACCAUCCCCGCAGUUUUGAGAAAUGACUGGGCACGGCGCUCAGUGACAUGCUCUGUUUGACUAGGGGUGGUGGUCAAAGGCUGGAUUCAGGGAUCCCAGAGGUGUUUUCCAACCUAAAUGACACUGUGAAAUAUCCCUCUAAGGAUGCCGAAGAGGGAUGCCGAGGGGUGCAAUGUGGCUGUGUUGUUCCCCGAGGGAUAAGCGGCCAGCAAACACCAGGAGCGAGGGGAUGCUCAGGCAGCGAGCGCCGCCUCUCUCGCCCCGAACCGCCGGACCGGAACCGCCCGGCCGGGCCCCGCCGCGUUCCCGGCUGGUCCUUCGGACCCUGCAAUCGGCUCACAGAGCCCUCAAGCACUACAGGUCAUUCAAACCAGAUCAUUCACGUUCCCGGCACUCCGCUGCCGCUCCUCCGCCUGUCCCCUGCAGGUCGCGCCCGCCUCCAUGCGCACCGGCCCCCGGCACCGCCAUCCCCCGCUCCCGUCCCCGCCAUCCCCCGCACACCGGCACCGCGCCGCCCGCCGCGGGAUGCUGCCGGCACACCGACCGGGGCACACACAGCAUCCAUCCUCCGGCACACCGACCGGGGCACACACAGCAUCCAUCCUCCGGCACACCAUCCCGGCACACAGCAUCCAUCCUCCCGCACAUCAUCCCGGCACUCCGUAUCCUGGGAAUCCAUCCCAACCACGCCAUCCUCUGGCUCAUCAUCCCGGCACUCCAUCCCCUGGGAAUCUAUCCCAAACACGCCAUCCCCCGGCACACCGUCCCCUGAGAAUCCAUCCCAACCACGUCAUCCUCCGGCACACCACCCGGCACUCCGUAUCCUGGGAAUCCAUCCCCCGGCACUCCAUCCCACGGCACUCCAUCCCGCUCACUCCAUCCCCCGGCACUC